AGAGAAAUGAGAGGAUUCCCGAUCCUGGUGAACAGUUUAGCUAUAUCAUUGUGAAGGGUCCCCGUCUUCGUGAUGAGAAAGGCAGGUUAAUACCAUAUAGAGUUGGGAUUAUAUGGAGCAUUACAGUUGCAAUGUGCGCACGCUUUAUCAAUGAGAACGAUAACUAUCAACCACACCUAUCAUAUAAAAUAAUGCAAAUCAAGGAUCCAGAUGUGAGAGAAAAGAAGAUCGACAAAUACUUUCAGGACGAAGCU